AAACCACACUAGAAAAGAAGUCAGUAAAUUCAGCAGAUGUUGAGGAUCCAGGAUCAGCAGAGAUUACUUUAAAUGUUGAAGAAUAUUCCCUAAAAGAUGCCAGUGAAGAUCUUGUGAGCUGUGAUUUCUGCCGAAAGCCUAAGAAGCCUUUUCCAUCAGUAGAACAAGUCAUUUCCAAACCUUCUGUCACGCUAUUUUGUUGUGUGAAAAUCCAGGAACUAUUUCAGUUUCUGAUUAUGGAUACCAUCAAGACCUAUGCACCAGAGGAAACUUAUGGAAAAAAUGAGAUUUUAACAAAGGAAGCUCAAGAUAAAAAUGAAAUUAAAGAAAAGGAAUUUGAAGAAAAACAUAGCGAUGACUCUCAAUCAACAACGCCUCACAUCUCUGAUGAGAUGAAAGCCCUGAACACUCUAAGAGAAGAGCUGGAGAAAGUGAAUACAAAGGAUUACAUCACGUCUCUAUCAACUCACUUGAUUUCAUGUGGAUCACUGUUUGUGACAGAGAAAAUCGCCUUCUCACUGGAAUCUGCCCCAGACAAUAUCGCGCAUAUGCGAUCAGAUGACCCAGAUUUUCACCUGACUCCCAAUCUUGAUGACUUUUUUUGUCCAGUACUUGACAGUCGACUAGUAAAGAUGCUUGAGAAGACUGUCAGUGAAUGUUACAACUCUGGGUCAAGUUUCCUCAUCCUCUUUACUGAUGGAACUGGGCAAGUUUUCUAUCCAUCAGGAAAUAUUGGUAUCUUGAUUGCCUGCUCAAAAUCUGCCCAAUUAACCUUCAUCGUCAUGGAAGAUACGAAGCACAAACCACAGAUACAAGCUGUUUUUAUGAGUAAUGGUCACGCAGCCUGCUACCAUUUCAACGGGAGGCUUUGGGCUGUUCUGGAUCCUUGUGGAGGCUUCUAUUUUGAUGAGAAAGGGACACAGCAGAAACAGUGGGCAUGGUGGGAUUUCAGCCAGCACGUGCAUGCUCCCCCCUUUCAGCCAAUCACCCUGAAGAUCAAUUCCAACAUUGAAGUUAAGAUGGUGACCCAGGAUCAGAUUUUUCUGACAUUCACAAGAGAGAAGAAGAAAGUAACAUUCAAUGUUGGGUCUAAACUCAUGUUAAAAGACCCCGACAGUCGCUGCCAGCUGCAGUCAAGGGCUGAUGACGCCGAGUGCUACCUUUGUUCAAAACAUCUUCAAAUCAGCAUUCUUCUGAAUAGCAUCAGAGACUUCGUAAAGAUCUCACACAGCUCCCACAGUACUAUCGAGACCGUCCAAGACCAUGUAAAGCAGCUGCAGAAGUCACUUCACUGCAUUACUGGACUUGCUAGCAAACGGUCAGAUUCUGCUGAGAAGGAAAAAAAUAAAUCAAUACAACAAAGCAUGACCACUGUGAAGAAAAAGCAUCAGCCUCACAGGACACCAUCGCCAAAAAUUGGAUACAGGAUGGUUCCUGUCUGCAUCACCCAUCCCCCUGAAUUUGCUGCCGGUGUUGUGGAGGAACGGGCACUCAUUGCCGCUUCUCUGCCCGACUGCCAGAUGACAGCGAUCUGCCCCCGACACAUGCUGUGUGAGCUGUGCGGAGCCAUCUGA